UCCACUUUGAAAAAUAUUUAACUUCAACCACCAUUUCAUAAACAAAACCGAUUUUUUUUCCCUCUUUGUUUACUUUGCUCUUUGGUUAUUGAAACUGGUGGAUUAACUCAUUAGCUGAAGCAAUCCAAAGAGCAGACUGUCUCUCAAAGCUAUGUUUUGGAAAGCUAUAGCAGUGUUGUUGAUCGCGUUACUAGCGUGGUCAUACCAAGCCUUGUGUCCUCCAACCCCUCGGCUCUGUGGUUCCACCGGUGGCCCAUCAGUCGAAGGGCCUAGAAUCAAACUUAGGGAUGGAAGGCACUUGGCCUACUUGGAGCAUGGAGUCUCCAAAGAGACAGCUAAUUAUAAGAUCAUUCUGGUUCAUGGAUUUGGCUCUAAUAAAAACGAGGCGCACUUUGCUAGAUCGGCAUUGGUUGAGAAACUGGGGAUACACUUGGUUUCGUUUGAUAGACCGGGUUAUGGAGAGAGUGAUCCCGACCCAAAAAGAACGGUGGAGAGCAUUGCGUUGGACAUAGAAGAGCUCGGAGAUAAACUAGCACUCGGCCCCAAGUUUUACAUUAUUGGAACUUCCAUGGGAGGGCAAGUGGUUUGGGGUUGCCUCAAGUACAUUCCUCAUAGGCUAGCAGGAGUGGCGAUGAUAGCACCCGUUAUCAAUUAUUGGUGGCCGGGUUUUCCUGCGAAGCUAGCAACAGAAGCAUACUAUGAGCAGUUCCCACAAGACCAGUGGGCAUUACGGGUGGCACACUACGCUCCUUCACUCGUUUAUUGGUGGAACACUCAGAAAUGGUUUCCUCCCUCCAGUGUUGCUGCUGGAAGACCUAAUUUCACUGCACCGGAUCUCCAAGUUCUAGCAAAGUUAUCGGCUUCAAUGGUUAACCGGGUACUUGUUUUCAUCUCAUUUUUAGAAUGGCAUGAAACUGAGGAAACUGCUUUUACUUCUUAUCUUGCUUGUCGACAGGAUUAUUCAACGCAACAGGGGCUGUUCGAGUCACUUCACCGUGAUAUGAUGAUUGGGUUUGGGAGUUGGGAUUUUGAUCCUAUGGAUCUUGAUAAUCCUUUCGUCGACAGAGAAGGGUCUGUGCACUUGUGGCAGGGAGAUAAUGAUGGCUUGGUUCCCGUCACUCUGCAAAGCUACAUUGCAAAGAAGCUCCGGUGGAUACAAUACCAUGAAAUGCCAAAUGCUGGGCAUCUGUUUCCACAUGGUGACAUCACCGCGACAGACGCUAUCUUGAAUGCACUCCUGGUAGGCGACAAGUGAUUUUAGAAAUGUUCGAUACCUGCACCGUGUUGUUAUUCUUGUGUCUGUUGAGACUUCAUGUUACAUGAAUUUAAUCCCAACUAUUGAUAGAAUGUAGAAUGAGUUUUGGAGUAAGGAGAUUAUGUACGAGGAUUUUAUAUGGGAGUUAUAUGUUCAAGUAUCAUUUGUGUCUGAA